GUCAACAUUGGAAACACUAACGCGAAGUAUUAUUAGUAUUUACCAUAGCUUACAAAAUACAUACGCUAAUUGGCCGAAGAAAAUUUGAGUCGUACUAAAACAACUUAGUUGUCAUUGAGUCGAGCACGCGAUAGCAUAUCAGUUGAUAGCGAUCCUGAAAAGUGUCGCCUUAAUGUUCAAUGUAUUGUUAACCUUCGUCCAGUGAAGGUGUUAAAGUUUAUCGUAAUUGUGCUAAAAUGGCGCAAAAUAAUCUAGAAGUCGGCAUGAGAUGCAUAAAGUACAUGCUGUUGUGUGUUACAGCUAUUUUCGUGCUCACAUCAGCUCUAAUAAUCUCAGUGGGUACAACGAUCUACGCAAUCUACUAUGAUGUGUCAUUCUUCCUGGAUACGCAGCUAUUCUCACCAGCGACCUUUAUCAUCGUCAUUGGAGUCAUCAUGCUCUUCGUUUCACUGUUUGGUUGCAUCGGUGCCUUGAAGGAGAGUACCUGCUUGGUUAACAUUUUUGCAGUUAUCCUCAGUUUGGUGUUGGUGCUUGAAAUCUCAGCUGCCAUAGCUGCGUACACGUUGCGUUCACAGGUCGCGGAUAUGUUGGACGAAAAUUUGAGAGAGACACUACCUUCGUAUUACAACAAACCAGAAGUGACCGAUGCCUUCGACUUUAUUCAAAGCAGGCUGAACUGCUGUGGCGUUGACAGUUACCUCGACUGGGGCGAAGUACCCACUGAUAAAUCUGGUAUCUCCGUGGCCAACAUCACUGUCCCCUACUCUUGUUGCGCUCAGACACACUACCAAGUUGUUGGGGACAUAGAAGUUGACGAGUGUGUUAAACUGUAUGCUAAUGGCUGCCUUCCCAGGAUCACUUAUUUGAUCUACCAGAGCGCAGGCUUGCUUGGUGCAGGCGCUAUGACGAUUGCAUUUAUUCAGGUUAUCGGCAUUUUAUUCUCAUUCUCGCUGGCCAGUUCCAUUCGUAAAGCGAAGUCUGAGCGCGAGCGCAGACGAUGGGAGAUUCAGGAGCGCAUGGUCAAUGCGUACACUUCUCUUAAUCCCGAGAAGGAAAAAAUCGCGCCUAUUGUUUAUGUCCCAUUCCAUGGACAAACUAAUGCUUAAUACGGCCAAACAUUUUCCAAAUAACGAACGAAUAUACUUCGUCCGUUGUUUCUUUUGAACGGGAAAUAUGAAUUGUACACAAAAUCAACACAAUUUUAUUUGUUUUUUGUUUCUCUAACAUUUUAACCUUUACAAGUAGUUAGAAAAAUAAAGUACAAAAUGUAUUUUUAAAUUAAAAUGAUUGUUUAAUUAAAUCAACUUAUUAUGUAAAUAUUUUAAGAGAUUAUUAACAUUCCAAGUAGAUAUCAAUUUCGUUUAACAGGACUAAGUAAUAUUGAAAGUGAUUGUGGACCAUAUUUUAUUUUUAAAACGAGGCUUAUAUUUAUAGCUUAGCGAAAAUAACAUUUAAAAAAAAAGGUUAAUUAUUAUCACCAGGUUCGGAUUAACCAUCUCAGGGCCUCUAGGCAGUUGCCUAAUUGCCUAAUGAAUAAUCCAGCCCCGAUUAUCACUUUAAUUUAAGAAUAUUGUAGAAUGAAUAAAAUAGUAAAAAUUUUUAAACAAACACAUUUGAAUACUAGUAAUACUUUUAUUUUUGAAAAUAGAACACUGAUUUUUGUAUAAUGUCAUUUGAAAUUACGAUUUAAAUUUUUAAGUUUAAUUGUAAAGUGAUAUGAAUAUUGAAAUAACUACCUAUUUUAUUCUAUAUGAUCUAUGUUAUUAUUUAUCGCGAUUAUAAUUGUAUGUAAUAUUUUUAUUAAAUAAAAUUUAAACAC